CCGGACGUGGCACUCGGCAAAAGUCCUGUGUGAAAAUUGGAGUAGCUAGAUCAGUGUAAAAUUGUCACACGUUGCCGUGGCUAUCAUCAGUGCUUCCUUCGCUGAUCCACACACCUUAGGUCAGAUAUGGGGCUCACCAUCUCGUCAGUCUUCAGCCAGUUGUUUGGCAAAAAACAAAUGAGGAUUUUGAUGGUUGGCCUGGAUGCUGCCGGAAAAACAACGAUCUUGUACAAAUUGAAGCUUGGUGAAAUUGUAACCACCAUCCCAACCAUUGGUUUCAAUGUGGAGACAGUAGAAUACAAAAAUAUCAGUUUCACCGUAUGGGAUGUGGGUGGCCAGGACAAGAUCAGACCCCUCUGGAGACAUUACUUCCAGAACACUCAGGGCCUCAUCUUUGUAGUGGACAGUAAUGACAGAGAAAGAGUGGAAGAGUCUUCCGAAGAGCUCUCGAAGAUGUUGAUGGAGGAUGAGUUGAAAGACGCAGUUUUGCUGGUGUUUGCUAACAAACAGGACCUUCCCAAUGCCUUAUCAGUCAGUGAGCUCACGGAGAGACUCGGCCUAAACACCCUCCGCAACAAAACUUGGAGCAUCCAGCAAACCUGUGCCACCCAGGGCACCGGGCUGUAUGAAGGACUUGACUGGCUAUCCACUGAGUUGUCCAAGAACUAAUGAGGGUUCAGCUGGACAGAUGACAGAGACAGAGAGAGAGACUCAACACCACAGGACAGGAGAGACAUUCGAUCUGGCAACAUUUGGUCUUCCAGCACCAAUGUUCACAAAAAGGACAAGGCUGGUGGACAAUAUAAUCAUCUUUGGGAAGUUUUAAUAUCUCAUAUUUCUUUCUUUUAUUAUCAGUACUAUUACCAUAUUAUCUCUUGACGUAGUCUCUAUUUUUCUCCUUUGUUCCCAAACUCUGACAUGGCAACAGGUUGUAAUUAAACUUGCAGUUGCAUGAUGAGCAAAUGGCCUGUUGGGGAAAUUUCAUGGAAACAAUGAAUAGAGUAAUGGGAAUUUUCCUUUCCACUUGACAUCUUGGCUCCUGUCUAGGCCGCAUUUGUAGUAAUGAACCACUCAUAUAAUUGUUGGACUCACUUUUCGCCGUUGUCGAGCCUAGGUUGGGGGGUAUGAUAAUACAGUCCUUGAGCUUUGGUGAAGGACAACUUGUAGGCUGCCGCGAGCUGUCCAUCUCCCCAACCACUUGUGGAUAUUUGACUCCCUUGCAGAACUGACCCUUUGCUCUUUACUGCUGUGUCCUCAAUCUCAUGCCAACUCAUUUCUGGAGAGGCCUGUAGCCCGUAGAAUGAGAUGGAUGAGGAUUGUGGUGAUUUCACAGGUAGAUUUUGUUAGUGUGGAACCGUGUGGCCUCCCAGUAAACAGAUCCAAAAAGGAAUAUUGUGCCUUCUGGUCCCUCUGUACACAGACCUGAGUAAUCCUUUCCUUAUAUCGUUCUCGUCUCCUAAGAUGCUUUAGUGACUCUUUUGCUUUUGAAAGACAAAAUAAUGCAAUAAGACACUUCCUUUUGCGCUGCAAUGUAUGCUGUGGUGCAGCAGAACCACACCAGUGAGUGUUGAUUGCUUCUCUGCAACUUGACUUCACUAUUAACCAAGAUUUUAUCCUGUUUGAACAUUUAAGAAUUUGUGCUCACUCCUCUUCCUUCAUUUUUUAAAAUAGCCACAAAAAAGGAUUUAAUAAAGAUUUCAGUUCUUUCCACUCCAUCAACACAAAGUCAUUCUUUACCUCAAACAGAGAAAGGAAAUAUUUUUCAGUAUUCUCACAUGGCCAGUGUCACAUCAACACAGUUCAGUAGCAUGUUUUUGUUGUUGUUUUCUUUGGCAGCGGCUGAGUGCUGAGUUUGUUAUAGACAAAUACUGUAUUAUAUUCUUAAUUAUUCAACCCCUUGAAACAAAUGAAAUUUACCUGCACAUCAAUUUGUUUGUGUAUACAUUCCAACCUAUGGUUGCAGGUGCUGGAGCUGCCACUCUUAAAAUUAUUCACGAAAAAUAUUUUACAAAAAAAAGCUCUUAAUAAAGCCAAUGUAAAACACAAAUGUGUUUUGGACUCAUUGUUGAGGACUUGAAG